GCAGGCAGAGCCUUGGCCAGCCCACGCCUGCCCCACACCCGUCAUCCACGCCCCCCUCAGGACAACACCACCUUUCCAGGCCUCCCGCAGAACUUCACCAGCAACCCCCCGCCCCCGCCGACACCAGCCUGCAGCCCCGCGCUGGCCCCGGCAGGCCCCCCGCGCCCCGCCGCGACGCCGGCCCCGGCAGGCCCCCCUCGCCCUGCCCAGACGCCGGCCCCGGCACCACCCAGGGGUCGCGCGCCCCCAGCCACGCCGCCCAACAGUCCCCGUGGCUCCCCGCGGCGGACAGUCCCCCCCGCCUUCAGCCCCCUCUGCGGGGCCCCGGCGACCAGCCCCGGGCGGCCUCCCCGCCCCGCGCCUCGCCGCCCCUCACCUCGGGACCGCUGAGCGCCGAGUUGCAGGCGCUGGUCAACAGCUUCCGCCAGGCUGCCGGCCCCGCCCCGCCCCGCCCCGCCCCUCAGGAGGCCCCCUCGCCCCCCCAAAGGCGGCCAUCGUUGCCCCGGCUGCGCCCCGUAGCCCCGUCGCCCCCGCCCCUGGAGACCAGG